GUUUACCCACAGUUUUGGAGGUCAUAGAUGUGUCUCAUCUCUCCUUCAAUCCUCCAUUCUUACUUCUCAGUGUGGUCAUUGGCAAAACUACCUAUCUCUUUGCAUUUCUUAACAAAACCCAUUAAUUUUCUACCAUGGCCACAACUUAUCUCUUAACUUUACCUUCAUCAUUCAAUUACAUGCCCAAAACCCAUUACUCAUCUUCUCUUCUUCCUCUUAAAGGUCAUUCCUUUAUCACCUUAACUAAAACACCCACAUCCCAAAACCCUAAAAAAAGGUUAAUUCUUUGUCAAUCCAAUAAAAACAAUGAUCUUCCUGAUGCCCCAGAUAAAUUAAUCUCUGCAAUUUGUUACUUUUACCCUUUUUUUGAUGGAAUUCAAUAUGGAAAAUAUGUUGUUACUCAAUUUACACCUCUUCAAGUCCUUUUACAACCUUUAAUUCCUGCUAUAAAAGUCUACAAAAGCUUUCCUCUUAAUGGGGUUUUAGUAUUUUUCACCCUUUAUUUUGUUGUUGUUAGAAAUUCAAAUUUUAGUAGAUUUGUGAGAUUUAAUACUAUGCAAGCAAUUGUUCUUGAUGUUCUACUAAUUUUUCCUGAUCUUUUGGAAAGGACAUUUAACCCAAAAGAUGGUAUUGGGUUGGAUUUGAUGAUGAGUUUGGAUAGUACUGUGUUCUUAUUCUUGUUGGUUUGUUUGAUUUAUGGGUCUUCUAUUUGUGCUCUUGGUCAAAUUCCUAGAUUGCCUAUUGUUGCUGAUGCUGCUGAAAGGCAAGUUCUUUAAAUUAGUUUCAGGCUCAGCUAAUCUUGCAAGCGACUGUCUCAAUACGAGACUAAUAGCCCAAUCGGCCCAAUUAUAGUUUUUCCCGAUUAUAGCUAAUUUUGGGUUAUUCUAUGAUGUGUUUAUGUGCUUGUGACAAAUCAAAAAUUGUAUCAAAUUAUAUACUUUGGAUUAUUGAGCUGAAAUAUUGUUUUGUGCACUAACAUUUUGUUGUGUUUUUCCGAUAAAGAUAUAUAUUAAUAGAAGCUAAUUAUUUGCUUUAGAUUGAUGUGCUUUUGGUGUAUAAAUGAAUGACAGUUGAAUACAUUGUUACCCAAUUGCUGAAUGAA